GAUGUACUGGGGCAGCUGUAUAUCGAUAGCCACGACAUGAAGGUAAAGAAUUGGAUACAUAGCCUCGGCAUGUAGUGGAGAGCGCAGAUAUAUGGGCUACCGACGGAUGCCAUGGCUGGUCAAGCGGUGGCAGAUAUCCUCGAGGGUGAAAGCCUGCACUUCAAGAAGCUGGGCGAUUAUAGGAGUAUUGCUGGUGCGGCAAAUAUGGCAAGUAUUCAGCUGAUGAGUAAUGAGGCUUGUGCUUUUGCUAGUAGCGCGUCCAGUGUCACUUGGGAUCUUGACGCAGUGCUUCAAACAAUAAAUCCGAUAUUCACUGCUGGAAUCAACCAUCAUCUGUUUCAUGGGUUCUCCUAUCUAUCUGCACCGAUUGCUUUGUGGCCGGGGUUUGCUGCUUUCUCGCCGUACAGCGGCAACAUUGGCUAUGCAGAAUCCUGGGCACCACGUACCCUGCUUUGGAAUCACGCCAAUGAAAUCACCAGCUACAUCGCAUGUAUGCACCUCUUGCUCAAAUAUGGCAAGCCGCAGUAUGAUGUUGCCUUCUUUGAGCAGAAAAGCUACGUGGGCGCUGGCUGCAACAGCUCUUGGUUCGCGGAUAGUGGAACGGUCGUUCCUGACAACCAGUAUCCGUCGUCUCAGCUCAUCAACUAUUAUCGCAUAUAUGAAGACCUUGAUGAUUUCCUCUUCGUGGCCGCUUCCCCGGCUACCUUUGCCGUCCCAACUAAAACCAAAGUCGUUGAUGUUGAAGUCGACGUGGUUUUGCCGCGGCGCACCAAGAACCAGAUUCCCAUACUCAUCGACUUGUGGACAGGACAGAUGACGCCUAUCUCUGUCUAUACUGAGCUGUCGCCGGGACAUAUCAAGUUGCAUAUCAGUCUUGAAAUAUAUCAAGCUACCAUGAUCACACCCGUGCCACUAAUUGUUAUACCCAUCCAUGCCAUCAACACCACAACACCUGACAUCCCCGUGGCUUCGGUGGUCUUUACUUCAGAGCCAACCAACCAAGAACCUAUACUAGCAAAUUCAGCGCCGAUUUCACUUCCACCACAUGCAUUCGAUAAAUCCCAGCAGACCAAGAACUCAAAUCCUGGUCAUUAA